AUGCCCGGACAGCCACAAACCCCUGCCUCCUCCUUUUUGUCCCUACAUUCACAGUCACACAAGGACACCAUCUUGAACAAAUUAGAUAAACUACGGAAAAGGGAAAUGCUUUGCGACAUAACACUUAUUGUAGAGAACGUGCACUUCAAAGCGCAUAAAGCUUUGCUGGCUGCCAGCAGUGAAUAUUUCUCAUUAAUGUUUACAACAGAAGAGCAAGACAGCCAAUCCAUCUACAAACUAGACGGCAUGGCCGCUAAGAUAUUUGCAGCAAUACUUGAAUUCAUUUACUGUGGCACUGUGACAGUAGAGGAGAGUGCUACCGAGCAACUCCUUGACAUGGCCCGGCUCCUAGAGAUCAAUGACCUGGUGAAAGCCCAUGCUGACCUUCAGAACUGUAGCCAAGUCACUGAGGUGCAGAGAGAAGCGCCCACAGGAAGAGAAGACGGAGACAACUGCGCGUCGGCCGAACCCAAGCGCAAAAGGGGACGGCCAAGAAAGAACGUAAAUCUAACUGCAGACAUUCAGGUUCAUAACUGCAGUCAAACGGAAGGUGCAUCUCUAAAAGACGCCGAGGUCACAAACUCAAAAUGCCCCGUAACCGACUCUAGCGAGACCAAAGAAUCCUUGCCCAGUACACGUGCUCUUCCAAAAGAUUCGGAUGAUGCGGAUUACAGCCCCCGAGGAGAGCGUCUUCGUCACAGCAAGCGUAUAAUAAAGCAGCCUGUGAACCUGAAAGGCUAUAGGGUGGGGGAUGACUUGAGGAAGGAACGAAGGGAGCCAGGGAAGAGAGGAAGAAAGAGAAAAUACCCCAGCACAGAGGCCAAGUGUGAGGAGUGCGGGAAAGUUUUUAAAAAUCAUCUGUUUUUAAAAAUACAUCAGCGGACUCAUACAGGUGAAAAACCUUUCAGAUGUUUAAUGUGUGGAAAGAGUUUCACACAGAAACACACCCUUUUGGUUCAUCAGCGCAUGCACACGGGAGAGAAACCAUACGUCUGCAGCAUCUGCUCCAAAGCGCUCUCGACAAAACACUCCCUACAAGAGCAUAUGAAUCUUCACACAGAAAAGAAGUCAUUCAGCUGCGAUCAGUGUGGGAAGACAUACAGUCAAAAGAGGCAGCUAAAAAGCCACUACCGCGUGCAUACAGGGAAAGCCUUACCUGAAUGUGCCCACUGUCAUCACAAAUUUAUGGAUGCAGCACAACUGAAGAAGCAUCUCAGAACCCAUACAGGUGAGAAGCCUUUUACUUGUGAGAUCUGUGGGAAGUGUUUCACAGCGAAGAGUACUCUACAGACACACAUCAGGAUUCACAGAGGAGAGAAGCCUUAUGUCUGCAAUGUGUGCAACAAGUCCUUCUCCGAUCCCAGUGCCAGGAGACGUCACGUGGCCUCACACACGGGAAAAAAGCCCUUUACGUGUUCUGUGUGCAAUCUGUCUUUUGCACGGCUUGACAACCUCAAAGCUCACACCAAGACGCACAACAAGGAAAGGCUAAGCAUAGAACCAACCGAGACCACAGUGGUAGAGGCCACCGCCGGAGCCGAGGAGAUGCGUAGCAUUUUACAGUUGCAGCAAUACCAGCUCCCUUCGCACACUGAGCAGGAGAUCCAACUAGUAGUGACUAGUGAGGUGGACAACCUGAACUUUGUGCCCGGGCAGGAGCAGGGAAUCAGCAUCCUCACCGCAGAAGGGGCGUCCGAUGCAUUGACGGCUGCAGAGCAAAGCCACUCCGGCCUCACCCUGCUGACCCAGCCUUCGGGCCAUGUCCAGAACCUUGCACUUGUUACUCAGGACGGGUUAGACUCUAACCCUCAGAUCCAGACCAUCAGUGUCUUGGAAGGCCAGGUGGGUUCCAGCAGCCAGACUGAACAGAUGCACGUCAUCACUCUGACCAAGGAAGCUAUGGAGCAACUGCAGGUUCAACAUGGACCAGCCCAGCAGCUUCAGAUCUCCUCUAGACCAGUUCAGCAGCUCCAGGUGAUCCACCAGGCCAUCCCACAGCUGCCUGUCAACCAAGGACCUUCCACCGCUCAUGGUGAGGUAACCAGAGAACAUCAGGCUCAGAGUCAAGCUCAGGCCAUCCACAUAAGUAACCAGUCCAGCCAACCUAUCUCCAUCAGCCAGACCAGCGAACAGAUCCCCAGCCACCAGAUUCAGGGUCAGACCUUCCAGAUUCAGGCAGGAACAGUCUCUUACCUCUACACCACAAGCUUGGCCCAACAUAACUAA